CAACACAGCUGUUCAGUUAAUCGACAAUUUUUUAGGCAAACUCAACAGAAAGAAAUAAUUCCUCAGUCAAGUACAACUUUUGGAAGUUUAUUUAAAUUCGGGAAGAUGCAAGUUGAAUUUCAUUUCAUCAUUGGCAUCGUGCCUUGGGUAUUGAAAGUGGCGCGCUUUCCAAGUUAACGUUCUCGUGGUGCGGAGCCCUACUAACCACAUGCUUGAUUGAAUAAAAAACCCGUUUGGUAAAACUUACUAAGACUGUCUACCUAGCAAAUCAAGACAACACUUGUCUGUCUUUCCCAUACUAUUUCUGCCUAACAAACAACCACCUUUAUGGUACUCGAGUGGCAUCGAGUUCCUGUGGUUUUUAUUUGGAUUUGAGAUUCGAAUCGUGCCUUUUGUCAGUGUAUGUGAAUAAGUAAAUGGAUUUCAAUAUUGCGGAACUGUGCAACGUUUUCAACGCUCAACAAGGUAAAGACAACAACUAUCAAAAACAUGUAUUGAAGUUAAUACAGUUCCUCAGUUCAGAGGAUGGUUGGCCAAUAUGCACUUCUGUUUUGUUAAAUUCUAAUUCGACCCUCCCAAAUGUAGAUGCACUCCCUGGGGAUCAGAAAUCUGCCCUUUUUUUCCUAUGUUGUAGAGCACUUGAGGAGAAUUUAAAGUCAGAUUUACCCGUUCAACCAGAUGAGGCACAAAAAUUUGCUACGUUUGCCUGUCAGUGGUUGAGAUAUUUCAUUAAUCCUGUUGAUGGGAUCAGAAAACCUAAAUAUUUUGAAGCGAAAGCUGGUCAGUUAAUUACAUUAGCUAUUAUACGAUAUUAUCCAAAUCAUUGGUCUUCUCUGUUUGACGAUCUUUUGGGAUUACUUGUUGAAGCAACAGAUGGACAAGUCAAUGAAAGAAAUAAGUCUGAUAUAGUGGCUGUCGAUCUAUUCCUUGAUAUUCUCAUUGAUUUAGACAGCUAUAUCAUAUCAAGAAAUGUACAGUUAACCACCGAUGAACUUAGACGAAGUAAUGAACUCAAAGAUGCAAUGCGUGAAUCAUGUAUUGGCUCACUGAUUCAUACAUGCUAUCAAUUGAUACAUCGAUUUCUUAAUUUAUGUCAAUCGAAUGCAUGUCUGAUUCGAAAAAUUCUACAUACCAUUGGUUUAUAUGCAUCAUGGGUUGAUUUGACACUUGUAGCCAAUACAGAAUGGAUUACAUUAUUAAGCCGACUAUUGCAGUUAUCAAGGGAUAAUAAUAAUGAUAAUAAUUCAGCAAAUGCAAUCAUUCGUUGCGGGAUUUAUUUAUAUUUGAUAGGUUUUGUAAAUAAAGGUAUGCAAGUAAUUGACAAAUUAAGAUUGUUAACUGGUAUUUGGGAACAGUUAGGAUCUAUGUUAAUUAAUGAUCCAAAUAUAUCAAAUUUCAUGAUGAAUUCAGCUAACGACACUUGUGACAACCUAAAUGAAGAUCAAUUAGAAUCCUUAUCUACAUUUGCUACUUUGAUCGAUGCAAUGGGAAAUCAAUUAUUGUCUGUGUACAGGAACUUGUAUGAAACAACUUGGCUAAAUAAUAGUUCAAAUCAAGCUAAUAAUCAGUUUCGAUCUGAAUCAGAUAAUAAUUCAUUCCUACCCAUUGCUUUGGAAGCCUUGGAAGAUCGAUUAAAUAUUGCUGUGCGUUUAUUUGAACAUAAAGAGCAACAAAUUAGCCAAGUGGUUACACCAUUUCUUCGUUCUUAUCUGGGUCUAUUGAAAAGCGUUGUAAAUCAUCCGUCAGAAAAUCUUUUAUCACCAGGAGGUGGACGUCGUUCACGUAAUCGUAAUAGUUCAACUUCAUUAGAUUCUACAAAUCCUUUAUGGUUGAACAACACUACAUCACCUGGUCAUCUGGAAAUAAAUGAAACCAGAUCGUUUUUUGUUAAACGUCUUCUAUUCGCAUGUAUAGAUAAGAUGAAAUGUCUUCCGAUUCGUGAUAAUCAAGAUGAUGAUGAGAGUGAAUAUGAAGAAUACCGACAUGAACUACGCACACUAAUUGGAAAUAUCACACAAUUAGAUCAAAGAUUUGUAUUGGAUACCAUACAUCAACUGGUUAGACAUUCUCAUCAUUUACUCAACUCAAGUGGUAUGGAAAAAUCUUCAUUUCCUCUGGAACACUUGCAACAAAUUGAUGUAACUUUGAAUUUAUUCUAUUUGUUUGGAGAAAUUUGCAAAGCCAGUAAAAACGAUCAUUUUUGUCAAAGUUUUCCUCAUCAUGAAACUAUGGUAUCCAUAAUGUCUAUUCUAUGCAGUGAUUCUUUCUCUCGUUUACCACAUGAAGCUCUUCAGUUGCAGUAUUUUGAAAUAAUGGUUCGGUAUGAACGUUAUUUUUCACUAGUACCUGAACACCUUUUGAAUGUGAUGCUCGCAUUUGUUGAUGAUCGAGGUUUGCAUAGUCCAUGGCAUAGUGUUAAAAUUCGCUGCGCUUAUUUAAUUAAUCGCAUGAUAAAGUCACACAAAAAAACUCUUCUUCCACAUACCGAAGAAUAUCUUUCACGUUUCUCCGACUUAUUAGAAUUAUCAUUAGAACCAGAUUCUAGUGUUUUAAAUGGUGAACUAAAUGGAAAUGGUGGUUUCGUCAAUGGAAAUACAUUGAAUUUUGUAAAGUCUGUUAAAACAGGCUUGGGUAUUACUGAACAAGGUUUCCUUUAUGAAGCAGCUGCGCAACUUAUCGCUGCAGGUGGUAUCCAACUGCCUAAUUCAACGAAUAGUAAUAACAACGGUGAAGAUCGCGUCGGAGAAUUAUUUCGUGUUCUACUCACUCCUGUUAUGAUUCAGUAUAAUCAAUUUGUGACAAAGUAUGUUACUGAACAAGAUCCGAAAGUAGCUGAUGUCCGUGGAAUUUUAGUGAAACAAGUUACUGAUCUUAUUACAAAAACUACUCGGGUAUUUUCUCAACCAAAGUCUGUUAUGACCUCUGGAUGUGAAGCUGUUUUAAUUGAUGCAAUGCGUCUCAUAAUUUCAGAAUUAUCGCGUUUCCCUACAGAGGCUGCUAGUCCCGGUCGACAAGCUGCAUGCGCCGGUGUUCGUGCAUUCUUGCAUCGAAUGGUUGCUUGUAUUGUGCCAACCAAUGAAUCGAACUCCACUGGAUGCGGAAGUACUUUGACAUCGGAUAUUUUAUUGGUUGCGCUUGUAGACGCUGUUCCUAAAUUGGUAAGACCGUUGCAGUCUACAGUCGCUUGUUAUACUACUUCCAACCAAGUGUUAGAUACAGUUGACGCUGAACAACGUUGGAAAGAAAUCAGAGAUAUAAUCCCUCUUGUUACACAAGUAGUACUCAGAUAUAAGGUAUAAACUAGUCAAAAUUGUUUUUCAAACAUUUUCCCACUUCUCUUUCGAUUAACAUUCUAUAAAUGUUUUUGUUUUUUAAUUAUUUUGUUUCAUUCUUAACCACUUUUUCAAUUGAUUAAAUAUCAUGUUUCAUAAUGAUCUGUGUCGUGAUUCUACUAGGUAAAUGACCGGUAAAACUAACUAGAAGUCAAAUGAAUUGUAAACAUUAAUUCUAAAAUCUAAGUUAUUUCCGCUGUUUUACAACUAUUAUUUUAGAAAAACUAGUAUAUUUUAUUGAUCUAAACACACCAUAAUAUGUUAUCAUAGAUGACUUUGUAAACUUAAAGUUGACUGAAUUUGCACGAUUAUCAAUGAUUUUGUUGUAUCAUUAUUUUUAACUGCUGAUUGCAAGUGAUUUUUGUUUCUACAUUGUUGAUGUUAAAGCCUACAGUUGGUCAAUCUGUUUUGGCAUAUGUCAAUUCUAAGUGGAUUGCCUUGAUAUUGCUAUUUAGUUACAGGUACUAAUUUACGCUAAAUCUACGUUUAUAAAGUGAUAAGUGAUAAGUUCGAAUCUCAGUAUGAUCACAAACAUUGGGUUUUAGGUAUAUCCAUAUGAUGAGUUCUAAAUGGGGCGAAUUAUAAAUCGUAGACUUCACUGCUGACUACAAUCCACCUUGCUUCAUCAUUACAUGAACAAUGGUGUUCAGCUUUUCUGCAUGUUUUUUUCUCUGAAUAGUUCUGAAUAUUGUAGACAUUGCUUCGAUUAUGGUACAUUGAGAACAUUUUGUUUUGAUAUAUUCUAAUGUGUUCUAACUUGAUUCACACUUUGGUUCAAUUCAAUUCACAUUUUUAACAGUCGAUUUUUUUUCACUUUUGAAGGAAAAUUUCAGUAUGUUGUGAACACAUUUUAAUUACUGUCAUGAUACAUAGAAUCCUGGUCGAUAGAUGUAUAUUGAUAUAAUGUUAGUAAAUUAGUCACUAGACUAGAUUUUUGACACAAGCCUUCAAAUGGACUGAUUAACAGAAUAGAUAUUCCUCUUACCACUAUAGAAUGACAGAUUUUGUACAUAAAAAUAUUCACCGCAAAAAUAAACACAGUUUAAGGCAUAGAUAAUUGAAAAAUACAAGUUUUGUAAGUAACCCUAAUAGAACUUGGAUUUGACUCCGCCUGUAACCCCUCCGGGGGCUACUGCCUGUCCCAAGCUUGACUAAAGUAGGAGCGUUGAGCAUGCGGUUAGCGACCCCAUCCCAUAGAAAACUAAGUCGAUAAAAAACACUAACCAGAAAGUACUAUUCAAACCAUUUAAACCCUGUCCUGGGAGUCAGAAGGCCUUCAUUUAGAAGAGUUAUGACGCUUCAUGAUGAAAGCCGGGUUCCUUCGGAAGUCACGAGGACGAUGCCCCUUCUGACAACCAGAGCAACUGUUUAUUUAGGUACAUGGAAUGUUCACACAUUGUAGGAGACCUGGAAAGUUUAUCCAAAUUGCUGCAGAAGUGAGGAGUUACAACUUGGAGGUGCUUGAAAUUAGUGAUACACAUUAGAUACAGGUUGAACAACAAAGACUAGCUUCAGGGGAACUUCUGUUAUACUCCGAUCAUGAAGAAGAAAAUGACCCACAUGCACAAGGAGUUGCAUUGAUGCUGUCCAAACAAGCACAAAACAAACUUAUAGAAUAGGGAUCCCAUAGACCAAACAUCGUCAAAGCCUACUUCAAAACAAAGAAAGGGCAUUACAAUGAACGUCAUUUAAUGCUAUGCGCCUACCAACGACUACAUCGAAGACGUUAAAGAUCAAUUCUAUGAUAGGCCGCAGUCAAUCUGUUAUAAUUUGUAACUUGGAUGCCCUAUUAAUGUAUAACGUGAUAAUACGGGCAAUUAAAGACCGGUGAAUUAUCGAUCGAAUCAAUGACGUACAAAACCUGUGCUAGCAGUCUAGAGUACUUAUCGGUCCUGCUUUCUACCUAGCCCAGCCAGUUAAGUCCAG